AUGGAGGAGACCUUGAGGUUCAAGACCUCACUAUGGGCCUUUCUGGUGGGGUUCCCGUUCUUCCUGUCACAGCUGAUCUCUGGUACAUCAUCCCCGGUCCCAGGCAGCCCCCUCACAGACGAAGAGUACGAAGUCUUCUUCUCGGCUCUGAGGCCGGAGUGGAAGGCAAGCAUGAUGUGCCAGAUCCGGCGCACUAAAGGCUGCCAGAGUCCGAAAAUCAAACAGCUUGAUGAGUUUGAGAACCACGGCCAGAUUCCAGAGGGACCCAUUUGUGCUAACGUGCCACAGACCCAGCGUUUCGAGACCUUCUGUCUGUUUGCCCAGUUUCGCUGCUUGGAUGAGAAGUUCUACACCAAGCGGAUCGAGUGUCCUAUUUUGGUUGCUGGAGAGAUGAUCACAGAGGCACCCCAUUCUCCAGAUCCCUUGGAAACAUCAGUUAGUCCCAUGGAGGAAGCAGAGUCUGACAUUUCGCCGAGCAACGAAAUUUCAGGAGCCAGAGUUCCGGACACCACACACCCAGUCCGGGUUUCCCAGCCCCUCCACGACAAGGACCUCCUCUCCAGCAUUGAUUCCAUUCUGAAAUACUCCUUUGCCGUUUCGGGUCAGGAGCCUGAGCCCCGGGAACAACUCCCAGUGACAAGCAGCACCGAGGAAGUUAUCGAAGUCCCUGUGCAUGAGGAACAUCCGGGCCGCUCCAAAAUCUGGCUUGUCACACCCGUCUCUGAAACAGCUGCCCAGGCAUCCGAGGAGAUUAUAGAGACAGAGCAGCAGCUAGAGGAAAAUCUCCACCACCCUGUGAGCACAGCUGUCUCCGUGGAGCAUGAGGAGAGUACUGAAGCUCCUGAAGGCACAACAAUACUUAAUAUCCAAGAAGUGGGCCUAGGGACCAAGUCCAAAGGCAGACUCUUAGAUCUUGAGAAGGAUGAUGCUCUGUUGAUUCUCUGCUUUGCGGUGCUCGAAGACAUUUGUAUCACCUCAGUGGUUAGCAAGGCCUGGAAACAAAUAGAGGACAAAACCUUUGGCUAUGGCAGUCUGGUGUGCGACAGCGUUGGCCGACGCCACACCGACCUGUGCCCCAUGUGUGCGUUCUGUUCCCUGAAGAUGGAGCAGUGCCAACGGGCCUCGGAUCUGAGGCGCGUCCGUUGUGUGGAGGGCACCACGUACACAGCCUACAUCAAUCCCGGGAUCGUCUCCCAGUUCCAGGAUACAGGCACCAAGGUUGACUCCCCAGAAGUCGAGUAUUACGGGAUGGAUGUCUAUGGAGGCUUGAAGGCAGACUACUGGUGUAGCCGCUUGGCCACUCACGGCUGCGACGAUCCCCGUGUCAAUCUCUGGCUGCAGACGGAAUAUUCUCUCUUCCAGCAAGGAGAUUACCCGGACAAGAUCUGUGACUCCGAAAGAGUCGAACAUCCCAAUUACUGUGCUUUCAAGAGUCACCAGUGCCUGGAGAACAGCCUCAGUGGAGAGAAGGUCCUGCGGCGCGGCUGCUUCAAAAAGGAGAGGUACCAUGUCCUGAGCACUGAGGAAGGGGAAGAGGAGGUGCUGCUCUGGAGCCGGAAGUUCUCAAGUUUUUCUUCGGAGGGGUGAAUGCAAGAAAGAAUGCCCAAGGAGUAAUUUUCCACAGGGAGGACUGGGGUGCAGGGCGGAAGGCCCGAGAAAGAGCAUCACCACUGCCUCUCCAGGCCCCGGCUCCCUUCUCCAGCAUGCUCUGUGUAGCCUGCCUUCUGGGGAUGAAAUACCACCACCUCUUCUGCGCCCUGUUUGGUAUUAGAAGUGACACCAUCCUUGUUCUCGCUGCUGUGAAAUCUGUCUCAAAAGGACUGCACAGGUAAACCUGUCUCUCUCUCUCUCUCCAACAAAAACUGCCCUUUACCGAAUACUUGGGGCUCUUCAGGUAAGGGACAGAAUUUGCAAGAGGAAAGCUGUCAUUGGUAAUCACCGUUUCUCCGUCAUGACCCUUGUCACACAUCAGUACUAGCUUGAUAUGCUUUGUUUUCCUUUUCAUAAAAAGCUUUUUCAACCCACAA